CGAUAAGUAACUCAUCGACUGGCAGCUAAAAUUGAAAAGUUGGAAGCGGUACAGAAAAUGGAUGGAUGGCUGAAGCACUGGCAGCACGGCAGGGAUCACAUAUUAUUUUGAAAUCUGUCAUCCUUUUCCUGCCAGACUCCAACGUGUUGCGUGAGCGUGGACCUUGAGGACGCUUUAUUUUGAAAUUCAAGGCCUCGGUUUUCUCUUGUGAUCCCUUUUGCUAACUUGAUGUUACUUCCUGGCCAUUUUUUUUUUUGUCCAAUCAAGUUGCGCUGCCUCGGGACGACAGUUUUCUUGCCGAUUUGAGAAACGUCAGUGAGGAGUGUUGGAAGAAGUUUGUGUCUUGACUGCAGCGAUGGGUGGCGACGCUCGAGACACGGUAAUGCGGAAUACGUUGUUACCGUGACAUUGUUAUGAUACUGUACGACUAUAAUUACACUGUGUGUGGAAUUUGUAGCAUGCCACGCAGGCAGCUAGCAGCUCCAUUGAAAAGAAACUUGAACCUUGGACGUAGUUGCCGACCACUCAAUGUGAUACUUUGACAUCAAGUACUUUUUUUAAUUUUUAUUUUACUUUUUUUGGGCGGGGAUGACGAUAAGGUUUUUGAGGUACCUGCGGGGCAGCGGGAGGGUCCUGGGGUUCGUGUUCGUGGCGUCUGUCAUUUGGCUGCUGCUGGACAUGGCUGCCCUCCGCCUCUCCAUCGGCGACGCCAACAGUCGGCUAGUGAAUGAGAGAACGAUCCGGGAGCAGGAGAUGGCCAGGCGGCCGGACAAAGUUUCGGACAGUUCGGAAUUCAAACCCGUCAGAGUCUACAGACGGCACACGGGAAAGGAGCAGAUGGCAGGACGGGACAAAAAUAAUCUCCAAGGAGAUCUUGGUGAGAGUCAACCAGAAUUUGCUGUUAAAAACCCUGUGCAUUUGUCUAUGAUUGACACAUCACUUUUGGAAAAUAACAUAGUAAAUAAUGACUCCAUUGCACUAAGACGCAGUGUCGAGACAGAGAUAAUCGAACCUGUGAAGACGGCUCCAAACACGAGCGUUCAAGUGUUCAAUCCGCACCAGGUUGUGAAGGAAGAACUUCCCGUUCAAACAACACACAAUGCGUCUUCGGUGAAGAAGAUGAAACAAAUGGAAGACUUUCCCGAUCAAGGAACAAAUAAUGCGUCUUUGCUGAAGGAGGAGAAACAAAUUGAAGAAGUUCCCAUUCAAGGAACACACAACGUGUCUUCAGUAAAGGAGGUGAAAGAAAUUGGAGAGAUGUUAGAAAACAACUCAAUAAUAGUCCAUGUCAACGACACCCAUGCCGUAAAGGCAGGUGUCCACCAGGUGCUUUCCCUCGACCUGACCGUCGCCCCCAGAAAUCUCAAUGCCGUCGGUCAGUUCGGCCAGGCGGCGGUAGUUCCUAGCGAUAAGGAGCUGCUGGCGCACCAGAGGUGGAAUGAGGGCUAUUUUAACGUCUACCUGAGCGACCAGAUCCCAGUGGACCGCGCCAUUCCCGACACCAGGCCUGAGAUCUGUGCCCGCAACGAGGUCCACGACGACCUGCCGACCACCAGCGUGAUCUUCUGCUUCGUGGACGAGGUGUGGUCCACCCUUCUGCGCUCCGUACACAGUGUCCUCAAUCGAUCGCCGCCGCACCUCCUCAAGGAGAUCAUCCUUGUGGAUGACUUCAGCAAAAAAGUCUACCUAAAGGAUAAUCUUGACAAGUACAUGGCUAACUUCCCCAAGGUCCGAAUCAUUCACCUGAAGGAGCGCCAAGGUCUUAUCAGGGCCCGGAUGGCUGGAGCGGCUGUUGCCAAAGGUGAGGUUUUCACUUUCCUUGACUCGCACGUUGAAUGCAACGUGGGUUGGCUGGAGCCUCUGCUAGAGCGCAUUUACCUGGAUCGCAGGAAGGUACCCUGUCCGGUCAUCGAAGUCAUUAGCGAUCAGGACAUGAGUUACAAACUGGUUGACAACUUCCAGAGAGGCAUUUUCAAAUGGCCUCUGGUGUUUGGCUGGAGCGCCCUAUCAGACAAGUACGUUAAGAAGAACAAUAUGACCGUGGCUGAUCCUAUCAGAUGCCCCGUAAUGGCUGGAGGACUUUUCUCCAUCGAUAGAAAAUACUUCUAUGAACUUGGCGCCUACGAUCCAGGCCUGGAAGUGUGGGGUGGGGAGAACAUGGAGAUUUCCUUUAAGAUCUGGAUGUGUGGGGGCGAAAUCGAGAUCAUCCCCUGCUCCCGAGUGGGCCACAUUUUCCGAGAGCAGAACCCAUACCAAUUCCCCAAGGACCGGCACAAGACGGUGGAGCGCAACCUAGCAAGGGUGGCCGAAGUGUGGCUGGACGAGUACAAGGAGCUUUUCUACGGCCACGGCUACCAUCACCUGCUGGACAACAGAUUAAUCGACGUAGGCAACCUCACCGAGCAGAUCCAACUGAGGGACAGGCUCAAAUGCAAGAGCUUCAAGUGGUACUUAGACAACGUGUAUCCAGAGUUGGAGGCUCCUUUAGUCAAAGCUGAGGGCCUGGUCUUCAAUCGAGGUUCAAGAAAUUGCCUUUCUGUGCGGAAACGCGUUCUCUCAUUUGAGAAGUGUGAUCUUAGCAAGCAGAGUCAGCACUUUAACUACACCUGGCUGAAGCACAUCCGCCAACAGGAUCUGUGUCUCGCACCUCAUGUCACGCAAAGCAGUUUGAGUUUACAGCCGUGUGACCGCAACCACGCCAUGCUCCGCUGGCUGCACAAAUCCUCCAAGUUACCGCUGCCCGAGCACUUGAUAGCUGAGAAGUCCUCCAAACAAAUGUGCCUGGAAGCUUCUCCGAGAGGUAACAUGAUUCGCCUCACCACCUGCGUUGUCGACAAUCCCUUCCAGCAAUGGCAGUUUACAAACUACUACUCCGAGUGAAGAGCAACAUCGUUCUGGUAAACGUGCAGUAGAACAUGCCUUCAGCUUUGGAAAAGCUGUUUGAGCAUUGUUUCCAUAUUGUCGCUGUUGGACGGAAUCCUCACAUCUCUAAAAUCACUACGUUUCAGGAAAUUUUAAAAAAAGAUGGCAACUUGCUUGAGUUGCCAAACACAUCAUCGUUCAAGUUGGUAUUAUAACAUAUUGAUAUCAUAUAUCAUUGCGUGCCAACAUCAACAGACCACCACCCAAAAAUCAUGUUCAAUAGUAGUUUAAUAUUGAAUACUUCAACGACUGUGGUUAGAUCAUCUCCCCAAAUGCUUAUUUCAAAGGUUCAAGAGACAUGAUUGAUGCAAUUUUUAAAAAAUAAUAAAAAUUAUGAGCUAAAUAGGCGGAAAUUAAUCUGCACACAGACUUACCGUCGUGGCUGGUGUUUCCUUCUGCACUGAAGCAUUACAGCUAUCCAUUAAAAAAAACAAAAAACAGGCUUCCUCCAAUGUAUGUAAUGGCAUUUCAAUCUCGAGGCAGCAUAAUGCUGCACGGCUCCCGCAGAGUGAGCGGAAAGGCGGAGUUUUACAACACUUCUCAGAUAUUUGAGCAUUUAAGAGAGUUGAUAGAUUUCUUCUCAAACUAUUGUCAACACUUUAAAAUUUGGUUAAGGUUAAGAGGAUACCGAUUAAAUGCUCAAAUUAUAAAGAAAGAGUGAGUGAGUGAGUGAAUGAGUUAGCGAGCAAGCAAAUAAUUUGUUUAAAGCAGGGACAGUGGAAAUGUGCAAUGUUUUCAUGACCUUUUUAUACAAAUGUCUGUCUUUUCCUUAUGACACUUUGGUUUCUUUAAACUUAAACCCAAUUGCCUGUGUUGGACUUUUUCACAUUUUACAAAAAGCUUCACACAAUAUGUAGCAUACUGAAAAUUAAGACCCACUAUGUGCCUGGUUUGUAUCCUGUGAAUGUCUGGGACUAAAUAAUGACGAUUGAAUACAAUUUGUUUAAAACGUGUCAAACAGGUAAGAGCCAAGCUGUCAUUUUUAAGAUGUGGUUUACUUGAGGUCUUCUGUGGUUUUUUGAAUGCUGCAUCAUUUGGGCGGUGGGAAUGUUUUUGUACUAUUGCGCCUUUGUCACUAGAGGGAGGUGUUUGCAUGAAGAGAUUAGAGAGCCUCUCACAAUGACAAUCUCAUGCAGGAAAAAUAAAUUGCUCUUUUGUUUUGUUUUGGAAAACUGUGCAAAUAAAAAGACCAGAGA